ACCUGGCUUAGUCACAUGGGAAGGCUGGGGGAGGAGGUUUAGCUGAACAGAGCUCUCUGGUUUCCAUGUUCCUGGUGUCUGUGUGUGACCAAACGUACCUGGGAGGCAGGGAUAGAGAGGUAAAAAGCAUCACAAGGAAAACAUUACAAACAAAAGAAGAACCUACACACCUUGCUGAUCUGUUAGGUAUUGUCUACAGCAGCAGUUAAUGCUGCAAACACAGGUUAAUGUUGUCACCCAUGAAGGUUGACUAACAUCCCUUUAAAUACCUGCCCAGUCUUUUGUCUGCUUGUAGAACCUGCAGUAGCAGCUCUGCAAGAUGCUGCCCAAUCCUGGUGUUUAUUAUUUUCCUUGGGAGAUCAACUCUGAAUCAGUUGCAGAUGGACAGACGCUGAGAACAUAUGGCAGGUUACACUGUUAUGACAUGGUCCAGUCUGAAGCCAUCCUGACAGCCCUGCACAGUUCAGUCCAGCACCAGGUCCGCAUUUGCACCAAAUUUGUGGAACCAUUCCAAGCCCAGCUUGGGUCCGUAUAUGUGGCUCUGGGAGAGACUGAACAGAGGGAUGGUGAGGGGCCUGUGCUAAAGGCUCGGGUGCUGACGUGCGUGGAAGGAAUGAAUCUGCCCUUGCUGGAACAGGCAGUACAGGAACAGCGGCGAUAUUUCCAAGAGAGACAGGGGCAGGCGGAGAGCAGUGCCUCCUAGCCUUGUUGCGAGAAGCUGUUGCUGAACUGAGCCCAGAUGCAUCACUUGCUCUCUAUCCCUCUCUGCACCUCACUGAUCUUUUGCCAUUUUGUCACCAGAAACUCCAGUCUGAUUCUCAGGUCGCUGUCCCUGUUCCAGGUUUUGGAUGUCUCCGAACAUGCAUUUGCCUGAAGCGUUUUAGGUUCGUGACCUUCAGCAGCUCAUUUUUAUCACUCUUCCCUGUCCCGUCCUAUCAAGGAGGAUGAACUGAGUUCCUGUGAGUCUGGAAUCCCAGUGGUUUGAGCUUGCUCACUCUUACUGUUUUGUUAAACCUCAGACCUUAUCUGAAAUGCCCUCUGCUGUGCCAGUCCUGGUACCAUGCCGCUCUGCCAGUGCUCCUCAGUCCAGACCCUUAAAAACUCCCACUGUUUCUGUGCUCAAGCCUGUCUGGAAAAGGGACUAGGAAACAUGCUGAAUUGAAUGGUAGCUUUAAAAAUAUAUCUGCCCAGAGGACAAGACCAAAUCUGCAUUAUGUAAGAGCCGAGUCAGGAUCUGAACCCAGGUCUCUAGAAAGAAGAAAAUUAUUCACCAACUUAUUACACUGGUUGGCCCCAUCUUAGCAGUUCAAGUAAAUAGAGCAGACUGAAGACAAGUAUGGACGCUGUCUGUUGACAUCAGUGGGAGUUGGGUGUGUGCGCUUGAGGAAGGAAUUUACCAAAGUGAAUUCUGAAAUACAAAAUUGCAGUGCCCCACAGACUGAGUGUAGUCAUUGGUUUUCCUCCUUUACGGGACGAGAACAGGAGAGAGUCUGAUCUUGGGGCUGCUUUCCUCUAAGGAAACCUAAAUUGUCUAUUUGAUUAUUGUAUUGCAUGUGUUCUGUCACUGAAAAUGUUCAUAAAUAAAGAAGCUGAAAAGAGCA